GAAGCAAAAGCCGCAGAAGAAGAAAAAGGAUUCUUUGUUUACACCCGUGUCGGAGUAUCACACAGACAUGGAAAAUCCAUUUUGGCAUCUGUCUCUUAAGCUCCACGACAGACCGAAGUCAGUGUUGCCAUUCCCGGAGGAUGUUGAACCUGGAAGCUACAUGGUAGCCACCAUUAAGCAGCUGGUCUCAGCACAGUUACCAGACUCACUGCCGGAUCCGGAGCUCAUAGAGCUUGUGCACUGCGGAUGUAAACUCAAAGAUGAACUGACCUUAGAUUCCUACGGGAUCAAAUCUGGAUCUACGCUGCACAUUUUAAAGAAAGUGUGGCCUGAACCCGAGGUCAAGCCUGAGCCUGUGAACAGAAGUGCUGCAGCCAGAGAGUUUAGACUUCUUCAGACUGCUAUGCACGCCAAUGCUGCUUACAGAGAUGCUGUGUUUAAGAUGCUAAGCAAUAAGGAGUCUCUGGAUCAGAUCAUUGUGGCUUCCCCGGGACUCAGCUCAGACCCUGUAGCAUUAGGUGUCCUACAAGAUAAGGAUCUGUUUGUGCAAUUCACAGACCCCAGUCUGCUUGACGUCUUGGUCCGAUCCCAUCCAGCGCUGGUUAAUGCCAUUAUUCUGAUCCUCCAUUCUGUGACGAGCAGCAUGCCUGGCCAAUCAAAUGCAAGCUCCUCCCACAGCGCCCCUGCCAGUUCCUACAGUGAAAUGCCAGGAGGGUUUCUGUUUGAAGGCAUGUCUGAUGAUGAUGAGGAUUUCCAAUCAGGAAAUCGUGCAGGCUCGUCCCAGCGCCCGAGACCGCCGACCAAUCUGAGCGGUGGUGGCGCUACAGGGCCUCGACCCAUCACUCAGAGUGAGCUAGCUACAGCGCUGGCUUUGGCUAAUACCCCAGAAAGCAGUGCGGUCACACCCGUUCCGGGCAGCCAAGACGUGUCCACUGGCAGCUCUUCAUCAGCAGGAACGGCAGGGGGAUCAGGAGCAGGGACUCCCGUCACGAGCAGUAUACUGAGUCGGGCUCUGCAGCAAGCUCUGGAGGCGUCAGGAGUGACCCCUCUACGGGCACGCUGGCAGACCCAGAUGCAGCAGCUGAGAGACAUGGGCAUCAGAGACGAAGCGCUGGCAUUACGAGCCCUCCAGGCUACAGACGGAGACCUGCAAGCAGCACUCGAUCUUAUUUUCGCUGGAGGAGGAGGACUCUGAACAAGGACACAAUUUUUACACAAGAAAUCUGUUUUUUAUCUUUUGGAAAUUAAUACAUUAAAAAUAAAUUAAACAAAAUGACGGAUCUGUGAA